UACUUCAGUUUUGUUUUGUUUUGUCAGCAGGGCUUGGUCCUCCUAAAGCAGCUCUAUCUGAACCUUGCGGAGCGUCAAAACAGCGCUACACACCAGCACUCUUUAUUACAGCCUCUGGGUUUUAGAGGGGGGCAAGUCAGGCAUCCUUCAAGCCGGAUUCAGUUACACUGCUGUAGAAAGAGAAAGGGAAGAGAGAAAGAGAGAGAGAUAGAGGCUGAAUCAAACAAGGUUUUGUAGUAGAAGUAAGUGUAGCGGGCAGGUGAAAGGAAACGGACGAAGGACAGACACAGGACAGUGAGUUUCUGUCUGAGUCCCACCUCCAGGGAGGGAGGGCAGUGUUUACUCUGUGCUGCCCGUCAGAUGAGGUGCAUCUGGGCCUUACUGAGAAAGACAACUACAUCAUGUGGACGAUCGCCCAGGUGCCAGAGGAAAGCAUUAGACCAUUGAAUCCCAGGCAGGCAGUGGCUCCACAGCCAGGCCGCCGCAGAAAGCCCAUGACGGCUCCAAAGACUCAGAAAGACAAGGCGUCUAAGCGGAAGAGGGUGCUGCUAGCUGUCCUGACAGUUGUGGUGCUACUGGGCAUACUGGUCACCGCAGCAUAUUUCAUUAAGCAGCUAAUUGAGAGCAAAUACUUCUUCUGUUCGCGCUCAGUCAAGUUCAUCCCAAUAGACAAAGCCUGUGACGGGAAUGAUGACUGUGCGGGAGGAGAGGAUGAAAUUACUUGUUUAUCAAGCUUUACGCUCAACACUACCUUUCCAGUGCGUCUCAUGUCACGUAAGCACGUCCUGCAGGUGUACAGUCCUGGCUCAGGUUGGAGGAGUGUGUGCAGUGACGACUGGACCGAGCAGCACACACAGACGGCGUGUAAUCAACUGGGAUACACGUAUAAACCUCGUAGCAGCAGUGUCCCAGUGGACACUUUAAUAUCUUCCCUGAAAACCGGACCAUUCACAGCCAUCAGACCUGGGACUGCAAACACACCCAUACAUCAGGCUACCAUUGACCGAAGUGUCUGCAGAUCCGGAUCUGUGAUGUCUUUGUCCUGUUCAGACUGUGGACAGGUGGGCUUUCAGGACCGUAUUGUCGGGGGUACAGAUGCUCUCAUCGAGGACUGGCCCUGGCAGGUCAGCCUGCAACAGGGUGGCCAGCAUACAUGUGGAGGAACACUAGUGUCACCGCGUUGGGUAGUCACUGCUGCCCACUGUUUUACAGGCAGUAAAAAGGAGCUGAGUCGCUGGAGAGUGGUGUCAGGCCGGACAUACAUGGGCACACUGGGAGGUUCCUACGUGGACAGAAUCAUAAUAAAUGGAGACUACAAUCCAUCACGAAACGACUAUGAUAUAGCACUGAUGAGACUCAGCAGCCCGAUUACAGUAGGAGUUAACCGCAGGCCGGUUUGUCUACCUCCUAAAGCCUUUGGCCUUGCUGCCGGAGCUUCCAUGACUGUGACUGGCUGGGGAUACUUGGAGGAAAAUGGCAAGGUUUCUCCUUCACUUCAGAAGGCCAACAUCCCUCUGAUUAACCGGUCUGUGUGUUCCAGUCCCACAGUCUAUGGCAGUGCCAUAACCCAAACAAUGAUCUGUGCAGGUUUCCUGAAGGGGCAAGUGGAUGCUUGCCAGGGGGACAGUGGGGGUCCUCUGGUGCACUUGAGUUCCUCUAGGUGGUAUCUGGUAGGAGUGGUGAGCUGGGGUGUUGGCUGUGCCCGGGAGAGGAGGCCAGGUGUCUACUGCAAUGUGGAAGAGCUGCUCGGCUGGAUUCAUGCAGCCAUUGAGAAAAACCCCUGAGGUCCUUCACCGUGACAAGCAGCCACCACAAGGCUCCAGUCCAGAAUACCUCAGACAA